UAAAGUCGGCCACAAGAAAUGUUGAACAUGACGUUCUCCCGCCCUACGCAUUUUAUACUUCUUGGAAUUCCUGGUCUGGAAACCUCCUACGUCUCCCUAGGCUUCAUCUUCUUCUUGAUGUACGCGAUCUCGCUGAUCGGAAACUUGACUCUCCUGUUCAUCAUCAGACUGGACCGGAACCUCCACGAGCCCAUGUACCUCUUCCUCUCCAUGCUCUCCUCCAUAGACCUCGUGGUCACCAGCACCACCACGCCCAAGGUGUUGGCCAUCCUUUGGUUCGACUCCAAAGAAAUUUACUACGAGGCCUGCCUGACCCAAAUGUUCUUCACCAACUCCUUCACCUGCAUCGAGUCUUCCAUACUGCUCGCCAUGGCGUUCGACCGCUACGCUGCCAUCUGCCACCCUCUGCGGUACACGUCUAUUCUGACCAAUCGGGUGAUUUUAGCCAUGAGUUUGUGUUGCCUGUGUAGGGGAGUUGCCUAUGCGAUGCCCUUAUCGACCCUUUACAGAAGAUUAUCUUUGUGCGGCAAUAACGUCAUUUAUCACUCUUUUUGCGAUCACUAUUCGACGGUGAAAUUGGCGUGCUCUGACUCCACCCUUAACACUACUUAUGGAUUAGUGGGGUCUCUUGCUAUAGUGGGUGUAGACUUGUCCUUGAUAGCCUUGUCCUAUGUUUUCAUCCUUCACGCUGUAUUUCACCUCAAAUCCACAGAGGCCCGGCUGAAGGCCCUCAGUACCUGCACCUCCCAUAUCAGCGUCUUCCUCGUCUUCUGCCUCACCAUUGUCCUCUCCGCCGUGGUCCAGAGGUUUGCCAAGUCUGUCCCCUUAUAUGUCAUCAUUCUGCUGGCCAAUGUCUACCUGAUGCUGCCGGCCUUCGUCAACCCUCUGAUAUACGGAAUAAGGACCAAACCGAUCAGACACCGGAUCGUGACUCUGCUACUUUGUUACAAAUAAAGAUUGAAAGUUUGUAUCACAAUAAAAUACCAACCUGUA